CAGGACAUGCUCAUCAUUUGUCUAUCUGUGUUCUUUUAUUAAAUCUCAUCUCGGACUUUCACGUAGAUGCAGAGAUCACCAGCCAGUUUCACACUUAAGGUUUUAUGACAAAAACCCCAAGGUAGAAAUUAGCGGAGCAAAUGAUUUCAGUCUUGUGAAGCAGGGCUGCUUUUCACGCGAACUUCUUUGUAGGUCAUAGGGGCAUUUAUGCUCGGUUUUCCAUAGUUUAUACGCCUUUGUGUUCAAAGGGAACACAUCCAGAUCUGAGAGGAAGCUCUUGGAGGUUCUUCUCCUUCUCACUCUCAAGUCCCUCCAUAUUUUUUGGCGUCGCCUCCGAGUCAUAGCAGCCAUGUGGGAGUUCCGGUCCAUGUCUUUUUGGCGGGCUGUGUUUGCCGAGUUCUACGGCACCAUGUUCUUUGUGUUCUUCGGGCUGGGAGCAGCUCUGCGCUGGACCACCGGGCCACACAACGUGUUCCAAGUCGCCUUCUGCUUCGGGCUGGCAGCUGCCACACUCAUCCAGUCCAUCGGCCACAUCAGCGGUGGCCACAUCAACCCAGCCGUCACGUUCGCCUACCUGAUUGGCUCCCAGAUGUCCCUGUUUCGUGCUUUCUUCUACAUCUGUGCUCAGUGCUUGGGCGCGCUGGCUGGAGCCGCGGUGCUGUAUGGGGUCACGCCAACCAACAUGAGAGGCAAUCUGGCCCUGAACACGCUUCAGCCAGGCAUCAGUCUGGGAAUGGCCACCACCAUAGAGAUAUUCCUGACUCUGCAACUCGUAGUCUGCGUCUUCGCUGUGACGGAUGAGAGGCGAAACGGGCGACUGGGGUCUGCUGCCCUGUCCAUUGGUUUCUCAGUGCUUGUGGGUCACCUGCUGGGGAUGUAUUACACUGGAGCUGGAAUGAACCCUGCCAGGUCUUUUGCCCCUGCUGUGUUGUUUAGGAACUUUAAUAACCAUUGGGUCUACUGGGUGGGUCCUCUGAUCGGCGGUGCUAUGGGCGCCCUGCUGUACGACUUCAUGCUCUUUCCACGCAUGCGCGGCCUGUCCGAGCGACUGGCCGUGCUCAAGGGCAACCGACCUUCUGAGGCCGAAGCCCAGCAGGAGACCAGAGGAGAACCGAUUGAGCUCAAAACACAAGCCUUAUAAACACUGCCAGGAAACUUUGAAUCUCUGAAGCAACACGUAACUUACAUACGAUCAUUUCACACACCUCAUCUUCACACACCUCCGACAUACCAACAAAGUUUGCCAUAGGGAGAAUCACACACACACUUCCAAAGGCAAUCGAGACACUAUAACCCCUUCCCAAGGACUAAGAAUGAGGGUAAGAUGACGACUUCCUGCUGAGGACUGCGCUCUGUACCUCCAGGUAUGGGGAGCGAGAUCAGGUGGCUAACGCCGCUCAGGGGCACCUCUGUCGUUUCUAGUCUACUAAGAGUGAACUACGCUAGAAGUGGACUUCUGCAUGCUUUCCAGUUUCACAGGGUUGAAAUCUCACACAUUCAUUUCAUUUUAGUUUAUUUUUUCUUUGAUUUUUCAGAGAUGUGACACGUGUACAAUAUUAUUAGCAUUUUGCAACAGAUUUCUUUACAUUUUACUUACAGUCGACAUUAUUCAGUUGUGCUUGGUGUGUGUGUGUGUUUUCCAGUUUGGCUCUUCCAUUUCCACCAUUCGCCUUGUGUUUGUAUCAAUGCGAUGUUCUUUUUUUCUAUCCCUCAAAAUGAAGGAAACAUUCUUUUAAAUCUUGGGUUAGGUGGAUGUUUAUUCACGACUAAAAUCUUCAUAAAUCCUUUGGGAAUUUGGAUCCCU